AUGGCGCCCCAAACAAUGAAAGCUGCGAUUUGCAAGGAGGCUGGCAAGCCCCUUGUCGUCGAAGAGAUUCCUGUCCCAGAACCCACAGGCCGCUUCAUCCGCGUCAAAGUGAAAGCUGCAUCGCUAUGCCACUCCGAUCUCGGUAUAAUUAAUGGCGACUUCGGUUCGUUGAUGAUGCCUCUCGUUGUCGGCCACGAGGCCAUUUCCGUUGUCGACAAGCUCGGACCCGAUGCCGAAGCGUACGGCAUCCAAGUUGGCGACAUCGUCGGCGCAUCCCUCUGGCACGACAGCUGCUUGAACUGCGUCGAUUGCAAGACAUCCGGGCCGGAGUUUUGUGGGACCAUGCAGAUUAAGGGGCUAACCACUCCCGGGUGCUUCUCCGAGUACACGCUUAUCGAUCCCGUGGCGACCGUUGUCAUUAGAAGAGCUGAGGAGCAAAGCAAUGACCCCGUGUCGGAUUUGUCGCCUCUUUUCUGCGCGGGCAUUACCGUGUGGGAUGCCGUCGAGAGGGCAAACGUCCGGCCUGGAGAUUCGGUGGCUAUUUUGGGAGUUGGGGGGUUGGGCCAACUGGCUGCUCGGUAUGCUACCGAGCUAGGUGCAAAGGUCAUUGUUCUCGACGUUCGCGAUGAACAGUUGGUGGCUGCGAAGCAGGACGGUAUCGCCGAAGAAUCUAUUAACAUCAAGAAUUUAUCGAGGGAGGAGAUCGCGAAGAAGGUCGCCGAGCUCAACGGCGGGCAUCUCGUCGACACUGCCAUUGUAACGACUGGCGUCAUCCCCGCAUACACCUCAUCUUUUGGCAUCGUGAGGGUCGAGGGACAGGUCGUUGUCGUUGGACUUCCUCGCGACCCCAUUCCCUUCACCAGUGGCGAGGUUGCCGGCCGAUGCAUCAAAAUUGUGGGCGCCAAGGUGCCUGGGAAGAAGGGGAGUCAGAGGUGUAUCGACUUUAGCUUAAAGAAGGGAAUCAGGCCCAAGAUCAACGAGAGGAAGUUUGUCCUCGAGGAUAUUAACGAGAUGAUUGCGCUCAUGGCGGCGGGCGAGGUGGAUAAGGGACGUAUGCUGGUCGAGUUCUUUUGA